CAGUGGCGCUGACGUCACCCGGAGUGAAAGGAGGAAGCCGCGCGCGCGCUCCUGGUGAGCUGUCAUUAACUAGUUGUAGCUCCAGCGAAAGGGGGGAAACCCUCUGACACAAACUCGGCAGUUUCAAUCAGCAGCCCCCGCUAAGCCGAUAACAAACGAACAGAAAGACAAGACAGUGUAAAGAAGAGUUAAUAAGCGGGACAGAGGGCUGUAACGGCUGCCAUGGCUGAUGUUAUACAUUCAGACGAGUCGUCUUCAUCGGACGUCGCCAACCGGUUCGCCCGUAAAGGCGCUCUGAGGCAGAAAAACGUUCACGAAGUUAAGAACCACAAGUUUAUUGCUCGCUUCUUCAAGCAGCCGACCUUCUGCAGUCAUUGCACCGAUUUUAUCUGGGGAUUCGGGAAGCAGGGAUUCCAGUGCCAAGUUUGCUGUUUCGUGGUCCACAAACGGUGCCAUGAGCUUGUCACCUUCUCCUGCCCUGGGGCUGACAAGGGUCCCGACACAGACGACCCAAGAAGCAAGCACAAGUUUAAGAUCCACACAUAUGGAAGCCCAACUUUCUGUGACCACUGUGGGUCGCUCCUGUACGGUCUCAUCCACCAGGGGAUGAAGUGUGACACGUGCGACAUGAACGUGCACAAGCAGUGCGUGAUGAAUGUGCCGAGUCUCUGUGGCACCGACCACACGGAGCGCCGUGGCCGGCUCUUCCUCAAGAUCGAGGUCAGCGGGGACAAGCUGCACGUAACAGUCGGGGAGGGAAAAAAUCUGAUCCCGAUGGACCCCAACGGGCUGUCCGACCCCUACGUCAAACUGAAGCUCAUCCCCGACCCAAAGAACGAGACCAAGCAGAAGACCAAGACCAUCCGCUCCUCUCUGAACCCCAUCUGGAACGAGUCCUUCACCUUCAAGCUGAAGCCCUCGGAUAAGGACCGCCGCCUCUCCGUGGAGGUUUGGGACUGGGACCGCACCACCCGCAACGACUUCAUGGGCUCCCUGUCUUUCGGCGUGUCGGAGCUGAUGAAGUCUCCAGUUUCGGGCUGGUACAAGAUGCUGAACCAGGAAGAGGGAGAGUACUACAACGUGCCCAUUCCCGAUGAGACUGACGGCAACCUCGAGCUCCUGCAGAAGUUCGAGGUUGUCAGUGUGGGAGCCAUUGACAAGAAAGCCAAGCUGGGCCCGGGGAAGAAGGUGAUCGAGCCUUCAGAAGACAACAGGACCAGGCUGCCUUCCAGCAACCUGGACAGGGUCAAGCUCACGGACUUCAACUUCCUGGCCGUGCUGGGAAAAGGCAGUUUUGGGAAGGUGAUGCUGGCUGAGAUGAAGUCCGCUGAUGAGCUGUAUGCUAUCAAGAUCCUAAAGAAAGACGUUGUGAUCCAGGACGAUGACGUCGAGUGUACUAUGGUGGAGAAGAGGGUGCUGGCCCAACAGAACAAGCCGCACUUCCUCACACAGCUGCACUCCUGUUUCCAGACCGAGGACCGGCUGUACUUUGUCAUGGAGUACGUGAACGGAGGAGACCUCAUGUAUCACAUCCAGCAAGUGGGAAGGUUCAAGGAGCCGCAGGCAGUGUUCUAUGCUGCAGAGAUCGCUGUUGGGCUGUUCUUUCUGCACUGUAAGGGGAUCAUUUACCGGGACCUGAAGUUGGACAACGUCAUGCUGGACUCGGAGGGACACAUUAAGAUUGCAGACUUCGGCAUGUGCAAGGAGAACAUGGUCGAGGGGGUGGCGACCCGCACCUUCUGUGGUACCCCGGAUUACAUCGCCCCUGAGAUUAUUGCGUAUCAGCCCUACAGCCGCUCAGUGGACUGGUGGGCGUACGGAGUCCUGCUGUACGAGAUGUUGGCCGGCCAGCCUCCUUUCGAUGGAGAAGAUGAGGAUGAGCUCUUCCAAUCCAUCAUGGAGCACAACGUGUCCUACCCCAAGGCCAUGUCCAAAGAAGCAGUGUCCAUCUGCAAAGGCCUGAUGACCAAGCACCCUUCCAAACGGCUGGGCUGCGGCCUCGAGGGCGAGCGGGACAUCAAGGAGCACGCCUUCUUCCGCCGCAUCGACUGGGAGCGGCUGGAGAACCGUGAGAUCCAGCCGCCUUUUAAGCCCAAAGUGUGCGGCAAGGGGGCGGAAAACUUCGACAAGUUCUUCACCCGCAACCAGCCGAUGCUGACGCCCCCGGAUCACCUCGUCAUCGCCAACAUCGACCAGGCCGAGUUCAACGGCUUCUCCUUCAUCAAUACCCAGUUCAUCCACCCCUCCCGGCAAAGUGUGGUAUGAAGGCGCAUGAUGGGAAGGACAUGGGCGCUAGAACACACGCCAACUGAAUAAACGACCCACUGCUCUCUCCUCCAAGUGAAACGCGACGUGUUUUUGUUUGUUUAUUUUAUUUUUCCAGCGUUUAGCAUUUUCCUGUAAAUGGCAAAACAUCCAAAUGAGGAAAAUCCAAAGUUUGUAUACCCACAUUAUGUAUAGGACAGGUUACGAAAUCUAUAUUGUAGAUUGAGUUUAUGCAGAUAAUCUACCUGAAUUUUUGUAUCAUUUCUGGGUGGACAUAUUUCAAAACUAGCCACUGUGAGAACCGCUCGAGAUUCCUGGGUUAUGAUUUCAAUGCUUUCUGUGUACUGAAAACAACAGUAGCCAUGACAACACAGUGCACCAAUGAGGAAACGUGUCAUUCCCUGUGUCUGCCCUGCACUGGUGGGUUCGGGUCUCGCCUCCUGCCAAGCGGUCGGAAACGACUG